AUGGAUAGAAAAAGCUGCCGUCUCUGGCUUUUGCUCAAUUUUUUUGGUGUGGAUUACGUGACAUCGAAAAAACCUCCGUUUCUCCUCGGACGUCUUGGGCGAGGUUUCGUAUCAAAAUCAUGUAAAGUGUCUGUGCAGCGCGUCUGGUUUUACAUGCUCGUCCGUCUUUCUAUCAAGCAACAACUGGUUGAAGCAAUUCGUGAACGUAACCAUGUACUGCUCCCGUUGGUUGCGUUAGCUGUGGGCGUGGCUCGUUACCGUAGUCACUUAGAUCCGGAGGCACUAAUCCUGUUAGAUGCAUUAACUGUGGGCGUAGCUAGUUACCGUACCCAUUUAAUACCGGACGUUCUACUCCCUUUGCUUGCCUUAAGCAUGGGUAUGGCUAAACAUUCCUAG